AUGUUUCGUUUGGCUUUUAAGGCUUUCAGACCUCUCGCUAGCAAAGCCUUUAUCCCAAAUAUCCGCUAUUUCAAUACAACUACACCUCCUCCUCCUCCUCCUUCUCCUCCUCCUUCUCCUCCUCCACCACCUGGUCCAGCUCCUGACUCUCACAUCUCACCUCCAUCAUUCACAAAGGUCAACUCAAAGGUUCUCAAUUUCCAAACAGAGACAAACAAGCUUCUCGAUAUCGUCGCUAAAAGUCUUUACAUGGACAAAGAAGUCUUUAUUCGUGAGCUUGUCUCAAAUGCAUCAGACGCUUUGGAAAAACAAAGAUACCUCAACAUCUCUGGUCAAUCAGCCGAUGAUACCCCUCUCACCAUCAAAAUUACCGUCGAUGCUGCAAAAGGCACCAUUUCCUUCCGUGACUCAGGGAUCGGAAUGACCGCUGACGAGCUUAUCAAAAAUUUAGGGACAAUUGCAUACUCAGGGUCACACAAAUUCAUAGAGUCAUUAAAAGCCAACGAAGAAAACAAGUCCUCCACAGAAAAAAUCAUUGGCCAAUUCGGUGUAGGAUUUUACAGCAGCUUUAUUGUGGGCAAUGAAGUCAGAGUGAUUUCAAAGUCUGAGAAUUGCCAAAACCCUCACUUGUGGGUAAGCAAAGGACUGGGAGAGUUUGAGAUAUCAGAACUUGAAGGACUCGAUUUUCCAAGAGGGACUGAAGUGACUGUAGAAUUAAAAGAAGACUGCAAGCAAUUUUUAAAUGAAGCUGACAUUAAAAAGACAUUGACUAAGUACUCCAACUUCGUAAACUUCCCACUGGAGCUUAACAGCCAACAAAUCAACCUUCAAGGAGCUCUAUGGGCUAGAAAUAAAAAUGACGUCGAAGAAAAUGAGUACCAAGAUUUCUAUGAGUAUAUCAGUGGCCAAAAGCUCCCAUACAAAUGGAAACUCCACUUUUCACUAGAAAUUCCAUUAUCAAUGAAAGUGCUUUUAUACGUUCCAAAUACACAUAAAGAAAAAUACGGAAUGGCUAAUGAGUCUUGUGAAGUGGGGCUUUAUUCAAGAAAAGUUUUGAUCAUGGCUAACUGCAGCCAACUUUUGCCAAACUGGCUAAGAUUCGUAAAAGGAAUUGUGGACUGUGAAGAUAUCCAAUUAAAUGUCUCAAGAGAAACAUUCCAGGACUCUGCGAUGAUGGAAAAAAUUAAAGGAAUUUUGACAAAAAAGCUUUUGAAAUUCUUAAGUGAUGAAGCAGAAAGAGAUGAAUCUGGAUUUAUGAGAUGGUAUCAAGAAUUCGGCCAAUUCCUCAUCGAAGGUAUGGCAAUGGACCAAGAAAACUCAAAAGCCAUCAUGACUAUGACCCGCUACUACUAUAGCUUAAACACAAGUAUGACUACACUUGACAAAUACAUUGAAAAAAUGAAGCCAGGACAGCAAAAAAUCUAUUAUUUAUUCACCGCGAAUAGAGAAAUCGGGAUGGACUCCCCAUAUUUGGAACCUUUCAAAACCAAAGAAAUCCCUGUGAUUUUUUCCUUGCAACUAAUUGAUGAAAUGAUUUUCAAGAAUAUGGGAGAAUAUAAAGGACACAAAUUUGUCAAUAUUGAAAGCUCAAUUGACGAAAUAGAAAAAGAUCUAAUAGAAACCCAUCAAUACAAUGAAGCUUCAGGAAUCCCAGAAGCUGAUUUAGUUCCGUUCGUAGAGUGGAUUAAAAAUGAGACAAUGCCAAUUGUCGACAAAGUCAUUGUGUCUAGCAGGCUUAAAGACUCUCCAGCUGUGGUUACUGGAGAAAUGCCAUCAGCAGUUAGACAAGUUUAUAAGCUGAUGGAUAGAGAAAAGCACACAAGUGCGAUGACUAGAAACCAGACUUUUGAAAUCAACACAAACCAUGAGAUCAUCAUCAAACUCAAUGAAGUGAGGAAAACUGACCCAGAAUUAGCAAAAGAUAUCAUCAGCCAAGUGCUUGAUAACGCUUUAUUGAAUGCAGGAAUUAUGGAGUCUCCAGUCAAUAUGAUUAAGAGACUUAAUAGAGUCAUGCUGAGAACUCUUCGAGAUGCAAAACAAUAA